AUGCCCUAUGGGCCUUCCUACAUGCCCUAUGGGUCUUCCUAUGGGUCUUCAUACGGGCCUUCCUACGGGUCUUCCUAUGGGCCUUCCUAUGGGCCCUAUGGGUCUUCCUAUGGACUUUCCUAUGAGCCUUCCUAUGGGCCUUCCUAUGGGCCUUCCUACAGGCCAUAUGGGUCUUCCUAUGGGUCUUCAUACGGGCCUUCCUACGGGUCUUCCUAUGGGCCUUCCUAUGGGCCUUCCUAUGGGCUUUCCUAUGAGCCUUCCUAUGGGCCUUCCUACAGGCCAUAUGGGCCUUCCUAUGGGCUUUCCUACGGGACUUCCUACAGGCCUUCCUACGGGUCUUCCUAUGGGCCUUCCUACAGGUCCUAUGGGUCUUCCUAUGGGCCUUCCUAUGGGCCCUAUGGGUCUUCAUACGGGACUUCCUACGGGCCUUCCUAUGGACCUUCCUAUGGGCCCUAUGGGUCUUCCUAUGGGCUUUCCUAUGAGCCUUCUUACGGGCCUUCCUAUGGACCUUCCUAUGGGCUUUCCUACGGGACUUCCUACGGGCCUUCCUAA